AUGCACAUCAACGAGUUCCCUGACGAGAUUCUCUCGUCUGUCCUCGACUAUGCUGCUCAGAUGAAUGCCGAAAACGGUGUCAAAUACACCUUUGGUCUUACCCAAGCUCCUCUACCAAUCUCACGAACGCCAUUGACGAGAUAUGUCAGAGGUCCUGUCCAGCCCGAAGCACAACGAUGGGAUGGAGCGUCGACUAUCCGUGGAGUCUGCACAAGAUGGCAUGACUGGGCCAUUCGAAACACCAUCAGAACGGUAUCGAUCAGAAGAUGGCAAGGUUCGGAGAAAUGGGCCGAGAUCCCAACCCGUCGUUCGUCCUAUGGAGCCUACGAGCUCAUGAGUAAGCCCAGAGGCAGCGCAGUGUAUCGUGAUCCCUUUGGCUUCCUCAGGAACGCUGUUAAGUUCUUUUCUCAGUUCCCAGAUGUGGCGGGUGAGGUCCGCCGCAUGUUCUUUGACGGUUUCCACACUGUUGAGACAGACCGCAUGAUCUUCGAUGUUUUGAGAAGCUGCCGUCACCUCACUUCCAUCAGUGUGCCUUGGACACUGCUCCGACACGGAACUGCACAGGACUGGAUUCAUCUGCUUGGUAUCUCCUCCGAAGACGACGUUCCUCUUAGAUCUCUAGAGCUGCGUGCUACAUGUCUGCCUAGUGCGCAGGAAAAGGACUGGUCGGAGGUCGAGAACACUCAUCCUCUCGCAGACCCUCGCGUCAACUUCACGCACCUUAAGCGCUUGAAGAUCUUUGGCAACACGCUUUUGAUGCCUAUCGACGACGAGGACAUGUUCAACAUUGCACGCAGCGCAAACCACCUCGAAGAGUUCCACCUUACCAAUCUCUCCACUGUCACAAUCGCUGGUGUCAUGGCCAUUGUGAACUCCUCGGCAAACACCCUUCGUGUCCUUGAACACUCCCCUCGCUCGGACGAUGGUUUCUUCCACCCACACCCUGGCUACCUCUCCCCAGACACACACGUCUGCGAGUCUCUGGCCUCCUGCCCUCGCCUCAAGGACCUCUCCAUCUCCAUCCCCAGCAUGUGUGCCUGUCUCUUCUCCCACGAAGAAGUGGUCUGGGAAGGCGAAUGCCAAGUCCGCGCCCUCGAACUCUGCGAGCGUGAUGGCUAUCCCAGCACAUCAAACGACUCUCUUCGCGCCCAGCAAGCACAAAAGUCUCGCCGUCUGCGCGAUGUUCUUGCUUCAGCACGCACGCUCAUGCAGAACCAGAAGCGUAAGCGCAAGGAGCUUGAUAUUGAGCUUUUCUUUGCAGACUGCAUCUUUGACCCUGCUGAGCGUGUUGUCCAUGGCGACUUCUCCUUUGCCGAGGUCUCGAGCAAUGGCGCUUGGCCUACCACUUGGGAGGCUUCUGCCAAAGGACCGUAUGGAUCUACCGGUGUCUACGGUAAGACCGAGAGCUCGUGGAUCUGUGUCAGCGAAGACGAGCUCGUUCGCGCUGUGGAGAAGAACUGGUUCAGACUUUGA